GUUGCAGGGCCAUAAGUAUUUGAGCACUUAUGUUGGAAACAAUUUGUUUCGUGGGAGAUCAAUAAUAAGAUGAACCAUUUAAUUGUGAAUUUUGGAAUAAUGUGGUUUCCUUUAAUAGUAUACUUGAUUAAUCCACUAUUAUUAAUAAGGCCUGUACAUGCGAAAUUUAAAAACGAUUUUCAACAUAAACAAAUUCACCAGAACCCUCGUUUUUUAUCCUUCAAUUCGCAUGAUUCUGAUAAAAUUGAAAUUGAUCUGGAUCUAUCGAUACCAUUUCUCUCAAUUCCGCUGACAUCUAAGGAACAACAAGGAGGUUAUGACACGUCAUUGGCAAACGUUAAUACUAAAGCAUUAACAAUAGCUGGAUUAAUAACGUCCCUUGCUGUUUUUAUGAUUCCACUUUUUGUGAAAGGAUAUUCUUCGCUUGAUCGUCGCUCGGGUAAAGAUAUUGAAUGGAACUUCUUUAGCGAUGCAAUUAACGAUAUGGUGUAUUAUAACAAUUAUAUUUCCCCAUGUGUUCAGCGUGCGAUUUGUUCGAUAGUUUCGAAAGCCAGACAUUCCAACAAUCCUACGAGUUCUGAUAAAAUUAUCGAUGGUAUAUCCAGCCAUUGGUGGUUCAAUUCGAUGACAAAUGGUACGAUCAUACAAAACGCAGUUGUCGCAGGACGAAAUACUGUCGAUGAUUGUUCGUCGAUUUAUUCAGGAUGUUUCAUCACGCCAAGACUUCUAACGACUUUUUUAAAGAACUAUGGAAUCUUAUAGAAUGGACUAAAAAAAAACCCAUAUAUUACCUUACGCUUUUGGCCUGAGGAAUUGUUCCUAUAUAGAGUAAUAUUGAUAUUAAAAUAUUGUUUUGUUAUAUUAAAUGAAAGUUCCUAUGUAGAAUGUGUAAAAAGAAAUAUAAAUUACCUUUUGUAUAGUGAGAUACAUCGAAACAAACCAGAUGAGAUAGUAGUAGAAAUAAAGAUAUAUUAUAAUGUU